UUUUUUCCCUUCAAAACUGUUGUGAAAAAUGAACGGUCCAGCAGAUCCCUCAAACCUAUUCUUUAACUGCUCAAAUCCAUCAAAUUUCUCUUUGGAAACCUCAGAGCAAUGUGGCAAAGAGACACUCCUUGAGAACAUCCUUUUUGCAACUUUCUACUUUCUGGACUUCAUCCUGGCUUUUGCUGGCAAUGCCCUCGCUCUUUGGCUCUUCAUCCGAGAUCAGAAGUCAGGCACACCUGCCAACAUCUUCCUGAUGCAUCUUGCUGUGGCUGACCUGUCCUUUGUGCUGGUACUUCCUACGCGGCUGGUGUACCAUUUCUCUGGUAACCACUGGCCAUUUGGUGAGAUCCCAUGCAGACUCACUGGCUUUCUUUUUUACCUCAACAUGUAUGCCAGUAUCUACUUCCUGAUGUGUAUCAGUGUUGACCGCUUCCUAGCCAUUGUGCACCCUGUGAAGUCCAUCAAGCUCCGGAGGUCCCUUUAUGCCCAUUUGACAUGUGCCUUUCUAUGGGUUAUAGUUGGGGUUGCAAUGGCACCUCUGCUGCUCAGUGUGCAGACAGUUGAGAUGAAAAACACAACUGUCUGCCUGCAGCUUUACAGAGAAAAGGCAUCACGUCAUGCCCUUGUGUCCUUAGCAGUGGCAUUCACCUUCCCGUUUGUUACUACAGUGACUUGCUACUUAUUGAUCAUCCGAAGUCUGAAGAGUGGGAACAGAGUGGAGAAACACCUGAAGGAAAAAGCUAUCAAAAUGAUCAUUAUGGUCCUGCUGAUCUUUCUGGUUUGCUUUGUACCUUAUCACGUCAAUCGCUACAUUUACAUUCUCCAUUACAAUGGAACCAAAACUUCCUGUGAAAUGCAGCGUAUUCUAGCCCUCAGUAACCGCAUCACUUCCUGCCUCACAAGUCUAAAUGGUGCCUUUGACCCAGUCAUGUAUUUUUUUGUAGCUGAGAAAUUCCGUGAGGCUUUGUGCAAUCUGUUUUGUGUUAAAAAGACUGUAAUCUUGCCUCAAACGUAUGAGGGUAAGACAAAUGAAAGCUCACUGAGUGCUAAAUCUGAACUGUGA